AAACAAAUCUUUCUCCAGUUCUCCAUUCUUUCAAUUUCCUGUCCCGCAACCGCACCCUAGCCUUCUUCCCCUGACUCCUCCCAUUUGCUACCGUCCGUCCGCCUCUCUUAUUCUUUCUUUUCUUCUCCCUCAAUCUGCCAGCUUGGAAGCCUCUCGGCUUGCCCGCCUCUGGUCUGCCUUCGCGGACCCUUCAGAAGAGGUCCAUGAUUGCAACCUCGCGACCUGAUUGUCAUUCUGGGAACACAAGCUGAAGGAGAAACGGCCGUGGCAAGAUGUGUGGAAUAGCUUUGAUCGUGUCCGGCAUUCGCAUUGACCUGUCAACGCUGGUCCCUGAUUCUCCCUCCUCCCUACCUUUGAUUCCACUUGGCUUUGCUUCGAAAUUCUCCCUUGAUGAUCUUAAAUCAGCUCUUCGGCAGCGAGGUCCUGACAGCUUGGGCAGCAAGAAGGUUAGGCUCAUAGUCCGAUCCAGUCAGGGUAAUUUCCCAAUCGAAGAAGCAAACCAAGAAGAGGAUUUGGUGAUUUCCGUGCUUGAGCGAUCUGGAGAGUUUGGAGAGCAGGAGUACUCCACUUGUUUGAGGAAUUUCGCCAGAGAAGAAGUCACUACAACGACAGAAAGUUUCAAGUUGGGGAAAGAUGGGCACUGUUCUGAUGGUGAACUGCAGUUUAUUGGAGCCACAUUGCAGUUGAGGGGAAGGAGUCGUGUGAUGCAACCCUUCCUGGAUUCAUCUGGGAAUGUUCUUGUCUUCAAUGGUGAGAUAUUUGGAGGAAUUGAAGUCGCCCAUGAUGAUAAUGAUAGUGAAGUUCUUUUGCAAACGUUGGUGAACUGUUGCUCCUGCCACUCCAAUGGACACUUAAAUGAGUGUUCUGCUAGCGGGGAAGACCAAAAUUCUGUACUGGAGGUGCUUUCACUGAUCAAAGGGCCUUGGGCUAUCAUCUAUUGGCAGGAAAAUUCAAGGACGUUGUGGUUUGGUCGAGACGCAUUUGGCAGACGGAGCCUUCUUGUUCAUUGGCCAGAUGAGGUCGACUCUCGGUUUUUGCUUUCUUCGGUGUCACCAUUUUCUUCUGCUGAUCAGAGUUCUGGUAUAAAGUGCUUGGUAGUGUUUUAUUCAUCUCGAUCCUCUGUGUACCUUUUACUUCCCUCUUAUGUUAGUUUUGCAGCAAGUGCAAUUAGUUAUCACACUGUCAGAUGUAUAAGCUUGUUGUCCUUCUGAUAUUACACUGGUUUGACUGCAAAUUGAAGUUCCUCUUGGUUUGACUGUAAUUAAAAUUCCUGUGAUAUUGUUUGUUCUUCUGCCUAUUCUGUAACAUCACAAGAUAUUGCUUCAUUUUAGCUUGCUUCUGUAGGCAACUAACGAGGUUCUACAUUAUGAAAGGCAUCAUUUUCAGCUCUUCAUUCCCUGAGAUUCCAGUUUUAUAUUGUGUCCUUUUCUUUCUUCUGUUCAUACUGUUUGUAUGCAACAAAAGCGAACCGUUUAUGAAUAUGACAAGCUCUGUAACUGUUGUAGAUGUUGAUAUCAAAGAUGGAAGCAUGCCAAAUUUUUGGGAGGAGCUUUCUUGUGGAAUAUAUAGUGUUUCCUUAGAUUAUAGUCCUCAAGAUGGGUAUAUUGCUGGUGGUAUCAAGAGACACGAGUGGGCUAACACAGUAUUACAAGAACUCAUUAGAUGGGAGAGAGCUUCUGUCUAUCCUCAAGCUCAUGACUCAUAUUUUUCCUCCUGCAAUUUGACGGAGCAAAGGGAGCUGCUUAUUUUACCUUCGGCGGAGACAAUUUACCUGAAAUCAGUACCUGUUCAAAGUUCAGUAUCAAGGCAGGCUCAUAAUGUGCUGAGUGUUUUGAGGAAGUCUGUAAUGUUAAGAACUUCACAAAAUGACAUAUUUCAGGUGAUGGCGGAUGAUAGUACACAAGAGGACUGUACUCCCAUUGCGGUGCUGUUUUCUGGGGGUUUGGAUUCUAUGAUAUUAGCUGCAUUGUUGGACCAGUCCAUAGAUCCAAACUAUGGGGUUGAUCUGCUUAAUGUAAGCUUUGAUGGACAGUCCGCUCCCGAUAGGAUUUCUGCUAAGGCAGGAGUAGAAGAACUGAAGAGAAUCGCACCAUCAAGAAGGUGGAAACUUGUAGAGAUUGAUGCUGACUUAUCGAAGUUAACCAUGGAGAUGAAGCAUGUUAUGGAGUUAAUUUACCCUGCAAAUACGUACAUGGACCUAAAUAUAGGGACUGCUUUAUGGCUUGCUGCAAGUGGUGAUGGUUGGACCUGUGCUUGCACUCGCGGUUUCAGUGAUGAAAACCAACGUGUAAAAUACAAGUCCCAGGCUAGGAUAGUCCUUGUUGGUUCUGGAGCUGACGAACAGUGUGCUGGAUAUGGAAGGCACAGAACAAAGUACAGAUGUGGAAGUUGGAUUGGCCUGCAUGAAGAAAUGAAACUGGACAUGCAAAGGAUAUGGAAACGGAACAUGGGGAGGGAUGAUAGAAUCAUUGCAGACAACGGAAAAGAGGCUAGAUUCCCGUUCUUGGAUGAAGAUGUGAUCAAAACUCUUCUUGAAAUCCCAUUAUGGGAGGUCGCAAACCUUGAUGAACCAAGUGGAGUCGGGGAUAAAAAGAUCUUGAGAGAGGUUGCACGAUUGCUCGGGUUGCAAGAAGCAUCAAUCCUCCCUAAGAGAGCAAUCCAGUUUGGCUCGAGAAUUGCCAGAGAAUCUAAUCGGAAGAAUUUUGGAAGCAACCGCGCAGCUAACCAGGCAUCUGCAGGAAGUGUAGUGAUUGACUGAAGACUGAUUCUUUUAUUUGAGAUUAAUUAUUUAGGCAGGAAGUGUAGUGAUUGACUGAAGCUUGAACGGCUACUGAACUAACUGAUGGUUGUUUAGAAUUGUGUAGAGUGCAUACGAUACAAGUAUUUAUUUUCGAUAUUUUUUUAAACAAAAAGUUCAUUUAUGCUCC